AAAUAGUGUUGUGACUGAGUGAGCAUAUGCAUAGUUUAGCAUGAGUUAAUAAGGUUAUUUAGGUACUUUGAUUGGAUUUUUGAAAGUUUGUGUUUUUGUGCAUUUUCAUUUCAAUUUUAAAGGUCCCAUGAAUAAGUCUGCGAGAUGGUGGAAGUAAGCAAGCAUCUCUUCGACAGCACGUGUAGAGAUGUCCCUUGCAACGUUCUUUUACACCCAUGGGACAAACACUGCAUACCGUCUUACGUUACGACAUAUGCGAACUCCCUUAUGGGGAGCGCAAAGUUUUACUUCGUUAUACACAUGGCCCAAAACUUAAUGAAAGGCAGGAAAAUGCUCAAGCGUGAAGAGUUAAUGAAGGCAGCCGAAUAUUAUGCAAGGUCUACACUCCUCGGGGUACUUGUGAGCGGCACUUGUGGCACGUUCGGCUGCUCAGUAAGGAGGCUUUUAGGCAACAAAUUGACUUAUUACACGUACAUACUCAUACCUAACAUGAUAAACGGAAUAUUCAUUCUUCUCGAACCACCGUCAAGAAGGGGGCUGGUUAUCAAUUUGUUCGCUAACUUGCUUAUAGAAUAUUGGAUGAAGGCUUUGGAAAGAAAAGGCUACAUUUCAAUGACAAGUGCAAAGCAGACAUUUUUGUUUAUGAUCGGUAGCGCUCUCCUUUUCUAUCUUAUGCGGUUAGAAGGUGAUAGAGACGCACGGACACCAAUGCUUUGGCUUUUUACUCCCGAAAAAGUAAGGCGGAAAACGGAUGAAUCAAAUAAUGUUUGCCCUCACGAAGGACCAUGUCGUCCUUUUAUAUUGAAGGGCUUCCUAAAAUACUUCGGAUUCGGCUUCGGGUUCACCAUGCUGCGAGUGUUGGGACCAAGACUGACCACACCCUUGAAGGCUCUGUCUAAGCUGAGGUGGAAGCAUUUGAAUAUGGGGCUGUUCUUCGCUAGUUAUAUCGGUAUUUACAGAGCUGUGAUAUGUUACUUGUGUCGUAAACAUGGGUACGAUUCAGCAAUGUAUGCAUUGCCAGCUGGUUGCCUUGCAGGAUUAUCGUUCUACUUCAAACCUUCCCUGGGGUUUGCGAUAGCGUCAUUGACAGGAGCUUUUAAGCUAUAUUCAACAAUUCUCUACGAAAAGAAAGUCAUACCAGAGAACAUUCCAAUACCUCUACUACUGUACUGCUUCAGCCAGGGAGUGUUGUUCCACGCCCGGUUCAUGCAUCAGCAAGACUGUCCCGCAUAUGUCAUGAAACUUACUAAUAGUGUUACUAAUGGAAUGGAUAAAAUCAUACAUGCAAGAUUGAUGGAAGUCGUGAAGGGGGUACUUUGAAGAAUAAUUAUUAUUUA